AUGGCGCAUGCAGUCCCUCCACUGCCUCAGUAUGCAGCUACAGCCGCUGCAGCUGUAGGGCAACAGCAACUCCAACAGCAGCAGCUCUUUCAGCUACAAGACAUGCGCCUUCUCGAGCUCCGCGGGGGCUCACCGCGUGAGGGACUUGGGCUAGCUGGUCGGGACGUUGUGUGUCUCAGCAAGGACGCAACGGCUGCAGAUGCUGUCUCUCCGUCUUUUGCUGUCACGGAGUCCCUUGAAGCGGUCGCUGCUGCUGCUCUUCACCGCUGGCAGCAGGCAGAAGCAGCAGCGUCAGGUCUGCCACAAGCGGCAGUAGCGGCAUCCGAAAGGGACGACAAACCAUUUUGGGAAAGUCUUUGCGAUCGCAUUUUUUCGUCGAGAGAUCUCCUACCGGUGUCGUCUCUUUCUGCAUUGCUGCGCCUCAUCUGCUGCAGGUAUGCUCCAAGAGCAACAGCAUCAGUGCCGUACUUCCUGCAGCACUUUUAUACGCAGCCGCUGGACAGCAGCACGAAACGCCAACGCCAACAGCCCUUGCAACAGUACCGACUGCCGUCUCAGAGGCCUGUUAGCGCGUCUCUGUUGCUGCCGCUGACUCGCGAGUUUAUUGAUGAUAUGCAUUGUAUUUCCGCUACUGCUGCUGCGAACAUUGCUGCUAUAUUCGCUGCCAGCAACUGCUUCAGCGUCGAGCUGCUGCAGCUGCUGCUUCGGCGCAGCAUUGAUACUUGGAUGCUGCCUGAAGAUAAGUUGCUGCUACAGAGGCAAGAGCAGCAACAACAACAGAAGCAGCUGCGGCAGAUAUUCGCUGUUAAGCCGGAAGCUGUCAGCCGCUUCUCCGCACAAGAAUUCGCCGUUUUUUGUUCCUCGCUGCAGCAUCUGCUGCAGCAGGCGCAGCUGCGCCAGCCGCAUUUAUUGCUGUUUUUGCCCCUUUCGGAGUUCCUUAGCAGUGCAGCAAGUUUGUUGCUGAGCAGUAGCAAAGUAGAAGACUGCCUUCAGCACAAUGCUGCAUUGGGAAGCCUCGCAGCUCUUGCUGCCGAUGCCCUCCAGCAAUUGAAACGACAGCAGCAGCAGCAGCAGCAAGAUCAGUUGCUGCAGCUUGUCAAGGCGAGCGAGGUGCUGUUGCGGGCGAGCGAUGCUUUUGUCUCACGUGGUGAAGAGAAAGCAUCAGAAGAAACGACUACAAGAGCAGCAUUAGCAACAGCAGCGUUCAGCAGCAAAGAGACGGCAAGGCUGAUGAGCCAUCUUUCGACUUUUCGUACUCCCGAUUCUUUCUCGUCGCCGCAGCAGGAAAGACAAAAGCAAGGGAAGCAGCCUCAGGAACUCCCUGACAAGGUCCAAGGGAUCAAUUCAGGGCCUGCUGGAGGAGUUUGUGCGAACUCGGCGUUACAGCAUCAGCCAGGCGCCGCCACUUUGCUGCACUUGUUGCAGCAGGUCGAACUGGAGUUGAUGCAGGAAAACUCUUUGUUACAGCAGCAGCUCCAGCUUGUGCCCGAUCAGGUCAAUGGGGCUGCAGUAGCCUAUGAUGAUGCAUCAGGUCACGUAAAGUACACUCGUCUGAAUCCGUGGGAAGCACCUACUGUGGAGACAUUGCAGCUGAUGAAUUCCGUAAGUGCAGCGAUAGCAGCAACAACAACGGUACUUUUGCAGCCGUUGCUGCUGAAACGGUAUCACGGGAACGCAAAACAUCCGCAGCAGCGCCGACGGCUAUUGGAACUGCUAGAAGAGGUGGGAUCCCCGGCUCUAGCCGAAGCAGAUCCGUCUGGCACGCUGGUACAAGCUGCAGCAAGGCGUGUCGUACGUAUGGUGUUCGCCAUUAUAGCAGCGGCGGGGGCUUCCCUGCUACCACGUGCUGCAGAUGCAUGCAGAGCGCUGCUUCUGCUUCUGUUGCUUCCCCCGGAGGCGCCACAUCGGCGGGAGCUGCAGCACGCACACCUUCUCGAGGAGACAAGCAGGCGCUUCGCGGAACUGACGUUGCAGGAGAAGAGGCGCCUCAGUGUGGCGGUCUCUGCGCUCGGCAUAACGGACCCAUAUAUCCGUCACUACUGCCGCGUGCACGGCGUGCGGCUGCAGCACCGUCUGCGUAUUUCUGCCGCACGUAGGAACGUUGCAGCAACAGCAGCGGCCACAGGAGCUCCCAAUGAUUCCGCAUCUGAGGCUGCUUCCACUACUGCAGCUGGCACAGCAGGCACAAAGCUGCGCUAG